AAGCAACAACAACAGCGGCAUAACAACAUAGCAGCGGGGACAAAUUGCAGGUUGCACGUUUUUUCCAUCGCCAAACAUGAUAAGCCCGGCCAGAACACAUAGCCCAGCUCUCGUGCAGUAAGUCUCCCGUCAAACCGAUCGAUAGUGUCCCGGCUAGCAGUACUAAAUUCCCCAAAGUUCGAGGCGACACAUGAGCCCAGUGAGCUAGGGGGCGCACAGUAAAUAGCGAAGGAGGAGGAGCAUUAACAAAGUCGCCGCACUUUCAGUGGGUUGUUAUGCAAGCGGCCAAAUCGAAUUAGCCGGCAUGCUGCUCAAUCGAUUUGUGCUGGCCAUCAAGAACCAGUCGCGGGAGACGCUGCGCGCCUGGAGCUACCAAUGCGAGUCGAUAUUUGCCCAGCGCUCCCGCCGCAUUCAGCAGCUUUUCAGCUUCUACCAGUCGGUCUAUGGAACCCAGGGUCUGAAGCAGCUAUGGCGCGCCUACUACCGCCGGGAGCUGCAGCCGCCGCUCCGUGGCAUGGUGAUGAGUGCCGUGGGUCUCGUGGGUCUGAACAUCAAGCGACUGGGCAGCGAUGGCUUCGACUGGAACAAGGAGCGCCUGGCGCUGUCCAAUUUUGACCUGUGCCGGCGGGACAUUGAGUUCAUCAACGCCCUGCCGCACAAUCAGCUCUGCGAGCGCUGCCAGUCGAAGAAGAUGAAGUACUGCUACUGUCAGCUGGGCAACCAGCGCUGCAGGAAGGGCCAAACGAAGCCCUCGACCAGCAAGGAGGCGGAGAAGGAGUCGGAGGCGGAGUCCAGCAUCAGCAACUGCCAGCGACCUUUAGAUCUGGAUGUGCGCAAUGCUCCGGCGGGCUCUGUAAGGAUUCAGGCGCAGGACGACCACAAAUGGGAGCCGUACUUCAGCAAGAACGAGUUCAGCAUUUGGAGGCGGCAGGAGCGAUCCUCCUUGUACUCAUACAAGGUCUAUGCCCGUUUCGACGACAUCACAGCCGACGAUUUCCUCCACGUUCAAACCGAUCUGGACUACCGCCGCCAGUGGGACGACACGGCGCUCAGACUGGAGCUCAUCAGCGAGGAUCCGGUGCCGGGCAGCAACUCGCAUCUGAUCUACUGGGAGAUGCAGUGGCCCCGGCUGUUUGCCAAUCGCGACUAUGUUUAUUGCCGUCGCUAUAUCAAGGAUGAUAACAAGAAGCUUAUCUUUAUCUGCAAUCGCGGUGCCAACCACAACUCCUAUCCGGCUUUGUCUGGAAAAGUGCGCGUUACUGACUAUUGGAGUCUGAUGGUGAUCAAACCCUUUCGGGGAUUCCACGAGCCCGGUCUGCACUUUGUGCUCACUUACUACGACGAUCCGGGGAUACCCAUACCGCAGAAUAUCAAGUCAUGGGUGACGCAGAAACAGAUGCCCGAGUUCCUCACCAAGAUGUACGUGGCCACCAAGAACUAUGCCUGUUCGCGGGCCAUCAAGAUGAAGGACAUGUUCCACGGAUUCGCACUUAUCAAUGAUGAGUACACGGCCAAUCAGCAGCGCGGCAGUUGGCUGGGCAGUUUGAGCCGCCGAAAGGCGAAUAGUAAACCCGAAGCAGAUCGCUAAGUCUGCAAUCCCUGC